AUGUCUGCUCCCGCUCCUCUUCGUCUGGGCUCUGUCGCCCCCAACUUCCAGGCCGAGACCACAAAGGGCAAGAUUGACUUCCACGAAUUCAUCGGCGACAACUGGGUCAUUCUCUUCUCUCACCCCGAGGACUACACUCCCGUCUGCACCACUGAGCUCGGUGCUUUCGCCAAGCUUCAGCCUGAGUUCACCAAGCGUGGUGUCAAGCUGAUUGGUCUCUCUGCCAACACCAUUGAGUCCCACGAGGGAUGGAUCAAGGAUAUUGGUGAGGUUACUGGCGGCAACGUCGAGUUCCCCAUCAUUGGCGACAAGCAGCGCCAGGUUUCUCUCCUCUACGACAUGAUCGACCAGCAGGAUGCUACCAACGUCGAUGAAAAGGGCAUCGCCUUCACCAUCCGAUCCGUCUUCAUCAUCGACCCCAAGAAGACCAUCCGCACCAUCUUCUCCUACCCCGCCUCCACCGGCCGCAACGCCGCCGAGGUCCUCCGCGUCAUCGACUCCCUCCAGACCGGUGACAAGUACCGCAUCACCACCCCUAUCAACUGGGUCCCCGGUGAGGACGUCAUCGUCCACCCCUCCGUCAAGAACGAAGAGGCCAAGACCCUCUUCCCCGACUUCCGCAUCGUCAAGCCCUACCUCCGAUUCACCCCUCUCGCCAAGGAGAAAGUUCUUCCCCCUCAGUAA